AUGUCCUCCACGCCCGAUCAAUCGUCGAAAAUUCUGCGAGGCAAAACGACGGCCCUCGUGUCGGCGUUCGUCAUAAUCUCUGCACUGACCUUCGCCCUUGUACUACCGUACAUGCCGCGGCUCGUCAAUCUCGGACGGCUCACACAAGACUCCGACAGGUGGCAGAGCCUAGGCGAGGCGCUCCGCUCUGGGCUAUCCUCGCUCGAACGCCGCGGCAAGAGUAGAGGCCGCUGGUGGCGCAGCGGAAGCACCUGGCGCCCCUACGACUACGGCGAGGAGGUGCGCAUGUCGCUGGACUGGGCGGCCGACCCCUGCGAUGACUUCUACCGAUUCGUGUGCGGCCGCUGGCGUAGCAGCCACCCGGGACUGGACAACGAGUUCUCACGCCUGCACACGGACCUGCUGUCGGCCGCCAUCCACAAGCUGGCGCUCAGCAGACACAGAAACACAAAGAACCUGUCUGUUGUCGAAUACGCCGGAGAGGCCCUGCGCUACUGCCUGUCGACGUACGUAAUCAAGUUGCACGACCUGACGCCCUUCUACACGCUGCUCCAGGAGUUCCCAUUCCGCUGGCCGUUCGUCGAGCCGGGAGUCCGCUUCGACGUCCUCGAACUUGGCGUCUCGAUGUCCCUUGGUUGGGGCAUACCCAUCCUCUUCGACAUAGAGGUGACCACUGACCUUCGCACCGACAACAAGACCAUCCUGCGCCUCACCAGGAGUGAUCCCUUGCUCGAGUGGAUCAGCCAGUGGUUCAACAAGGGCGGCCCCAGCCUGUGGUUUGCAGAGUUGCCUCGCGUUUUCGACCCGUUCGUCGACUACAAGAGCAUCGCGGCCAGGGUGGUCGAGCCUAGCGUGGAGGCGCUCAUGCUGCUCCUGUCCAGGAAGAACGCCGACGAGAUCGCCAAGCCAGCCUACGUCAGGCUCGGAGACGUGGGAUACCUGACGAGGGAGCAGAUAACAUCGGAGCGCUGGAUAGAUACCAUCAACCGCUACCUGCCGGAGGGAGUGAAGGUCGAUCAAGAUAGCGAGAUGCAUUUGCUCGACGAAUCGUUCGUAAGGAACAUCGGUGAGUUUGUGGCUUCCUUCGAGUCCGCCAACAAAGAAGAUGGCGUCGCCCUCAUGGUUGGCUGGGUGUUGGCUUAUCACAUGGCGCCGGCGCUCACCUACAAGAUAUUCAACUCCUACAAGAGCUCUGUGUCCUUGGCCGUGUACCAGUGCCUGCAGCUGGUGUCAGACAUGGCCACGUACCCGCUCAACUGGUUCCUCACCGAGCAGAGCGUGAGCCCGGACGACUGGAACACCACGUGGGCCCUGCUUACCGACGUGCACGACUCGAUGGCGCGCUACUUCGACUGGAUGGACGCCGACACGCGUGACAGGGCGCUGCGCAGGCUGAGCGUUAUCCGCCACGUUGUCGCCUACCCAAGCGUGGACUCCACGCGAGAGACCAUCGAGAGGCGCUACGCAUACCUGGAGUCGUUCUGCGAGCGCGCCCGCCGUGCGCUCAUGUGCGCGGAAGAGGAUAUAACUGACCUGAACCGGCAUUGUGCUGCAGUGGAGCGCGCCUUAGUGAACGCAGCCGGUGCCAUCGGCGUGCUCAUCACUGCUGCCAACAAAUGCCGCAUCUCCUACCACAGCGUUGAUGGCGCGCUUUCCCAGUAG